AUGAAAACAGAAAUGAAUUUGUUGACAGCAUGUCAAAGUUCAAAUAUUCAACUGUCGUCGCCAAUCGUACCAAGCAAUUUAACAAUGAAACAAACAUACAAAUCAAUGCUUAAUGAUCUUACCAACGAUUCAACAAUACAAAAGGAAAUAACACUUGGUGAACGAAUAGGUUUUUACAAAAUUUGUGAACAAAUUGGGUCAGGAAGUUUUUCAAAAGUUAAUCUUGGCAGGCACUGUUUAAUAAAUGGUUUGUUUUUGGAUAUUCCAAAUAUUUAA